UUUUGAUUAGGUGAUGUCUCUCUUUCCAUCCAAUUCAACGAUGGAUUACUCUAUUUAUAGGACAUUUGGACAGGAGCAAAACACAGAGCGAUCAACGACUCAGAACCCAAUGAAACAUCCCUAUCAUUGCCAACACAAGUGGACAUGCAAAGAUUACCCUGAAUGUCCAAAGUGGCAUCAGACUGCUCUGAGACUGAUGAGCAUUGCACUGCUUAUUCUCAUUGCUACAGUGAUAGGACUAAUUAUUUGGGUAUGUCACCCAAACUUACGGUCCUUCAGUGAAAAUGGAACCAGAGAAUGUAAUACAAAUUUCACAAGAAAUCCUAGACUAAACUUAUGCCCUAAUGACUGGGUGCAGGAGAAAGGGAAAUGCUAUAGCUUUUUUAAAACUUUUAAUUCCUGGACCGAUAGCCAAAAAUUCUGCUUAAGAAUGAAAUCACAACUCUUGAUGAUCCAAGACAAGGCUGAACUGGAUUUCAUACAAAAUAGUAUACAAGAUGGAAUCUACUUUUGGAUUGGAUUGAACAUUACAUAUCCACAAAAGACAUGGACCUGGCUGGAUGGCACUCCAUUAAAUCCACAGUUAUGUGCAGUCAAGAGCAAGGAUGAAGACAAUGCCUGUGCUGUGAUAACAAAGAAGGGUGUUUUUUCUGAAACAUGUCAAACUCAUAGUUACCAUAUUUGUCAAAAGGUGAUUUCUUCAGACGAUGACCUCUAAAUUGAUCACAGGUGCCGAUUAAAUGUCACUUAGAGGAAUAUACUUCCUUGGCCAUUCUCCACUCCGACUACAUUAUAUGGAGUUGGUAUAUAUUUUCACAGCUCCCUGUACUU